AAGAGCUCCGUGCUCGGCGGCUUGGCAAGUGCUUUCCCCGCACACCCCUGACCUCCUUUUGCGGGGACACUACAGCCCCCUUCUUUUCCUCUCACGCGCGUCGGGGAGUUUCCUGCUUUGGUGCGCUGCCAGUCAGCAAGGUAAGGCAAGGGGGGGUGCUUGCAAAUCAGCGGAAGAGGGAAGCCUUCUGCAUAUUCCUGCCCCCCCCCCUUUUUUUUUGGACUUGCUUCGUGUGCCCCAGGACUGAAGUGGGAGCCGGACACUGCAAGCAAGCCCUUGCUUCGUUGAACCACAGAGAAUCACAGCUAGGGAGCAAUGAAGCAUCAAUGCUACAAUUAACCAAAAAAGGAAAAGCAUCUCACGGCAGCCAUGAAUCGUUUUGAGAAGGACCGUGUGAGUUUUGAAGAUGUGGCCGUGUAUUUCACAGAAGGGGAGUGGGCCCUGCUGGGUCCAAAGCAAAGAGCCCUCUAUCAGGACGUCAUGCGGGACAACUACAGCACCGUGGCCUCCCUGGCCACAAAUAAAGGACACCCAGUUCCAAAGCCAGGCCUGAUCUCUCGCAUCGAAGCAGGGGGGGUGCUUUGGCUACCUGAUCCACGAGAGGUUGCAGAGAGGCAGGUCGCUUCAGACUCCAGCUCAGUCAGUGGCCAUCCAAGUGAGGAGGAUCUUCACCCACCAAAGAAAGAACAGAAAACGUUAUUGCACAGAGCCCAAGAGACCAUUUCCAAAAAUCAACAGAGAGGAGAAACUUCUGGGAUGUCUUGCGGACUGGAGAGACCUGAAGGAGGGCAGACUGGAAAGAGAAGAGCCAAAACAUCUCCUCACAAGGAGGAUGGUGGAGACAUUAGUGAGCCAGCAGACCAAAGGAGUGGGAGACCAAAGGCAUUCAUAGCAGGGAGGAAAGAAUCCUCCCCCAAACAUGCAAACCAUCCCACGGCAAUGGAUUGUGCAGAGAAGAACGUCAAGAAAAGAAAAUUUCGUGAGGAUUUUUUACAGUAUGGUUUUACCUCAGUAAUUACAGUAGGAAUUGAGAAACCGCAGUGCGUCGUUUGUGGUGAAGUUCUAUCAGCCGAAUCUAUGAAGCCAAACAAACUAAAACGCCAUUUUGAUAGCAAGCAUCCAAGCUUUGCUGGCAAGGACACCAAUUAUUUUAGAAGCAAAGCUGAUGGACUCAAGAAAGCCAGACUUGACAUUGGUGGCAAGUUCCACAAACAAAACGUUUGUGGAAAGAAAGCCAGACUCCACGCUGGUGGCCAGUUCCUCAAACAAAACAUAGCAGCCGUUGAAGCUUCAUAUUUGGUGGCCCUCAGAAUCGCCAGAGCUAUGAAACCUCACACCAUCACUGAGGAUUUACUGUUGCCAGCGGCCAAAGACAUUGUUCGAGUUAUGAUCGGAGAUGAAUUUGUUACGAAAUUGAGUGCAAUUUCCUUAUCUAACGAUACUGUCCGCAGAACUAUAGAUGACAUGUCUGCUGAUAUUCUUGAUCAGGUAAUCCAGGAAAUUAAAUCUGCUCCACUUCCAAUAUUUAGUAUCCAGUUGCUUGAUGAAUCUACAGACGUUGCAAACUGUUCGCAGUUACUGGUUUACGUCAGGUAUAUUAACGAUGGCGACUUUAAAGAUGAGUUUCUUUUUUGCAAACCUCUUGAAAUGACAACUACUGCACAUGGUGUAUUUGACACAGUUGGUUCAUUUCUGAAAGAGCAUAAGAUCUCUUGGGAAAAGGUUUGUGGCGUUUGCACGAAUGGUGCUUCAUCUAUGCUAGGAUGUCGAUCUGGAUUUCAACGUUUGGUACUGAACGAGUCACCAAAAGUAAUCGGAACUCACUGUAUGAUUCAUUGGCAAAUAUUAGCAACGAAGACGCUGCCACCAGAGUUACAAGAAGUAAUGAACAGCGUCAUUAGUUCUGUCAAUUUGGUAAAGGCGAGCGCUUUAAACAGUCGACUGUUUCCGCAACUGUGCAACGAGUUGGACGCGCCGGACAACGCUCUGCCAUUUCACACUGCAGUGAGAUGGUUGUCGAGAGGAAAAGUUUUAAAACGUGUUUUUGAGCUUCGUGAUGAACUCAAAACUUUUUUUAAUCAGGAAGCAAGACCGCAGUUCGAAGCACUUUUCAGUGAUAAAAGUGAACUGCAGAAAAUAGCUUACUUGGUUGACAUCUUUGCCAUCUUGAAUGAGUUAAAUGUAUCACUGCAAGGACCAAAUGCAACAUGCCUCGAUUUGUCUGAAAAGAGCCAAUCAUUCCAAAUGAAACUUCAGCAUUGGCAAAAAAAAUUGGAUGAAAAUAAAACUUACAUGUUGCCUACCUUAUCUGCUUUCUUUGAGGAACAUGACAUUGAACCACAAAAAAGGAUUACGAUGAUAAUUUCUGUGAAAGAACACUUGCACAUGCUUGCAGAUGAAAUUUCAUCGUACUUUCCAAAUCUACCUGACACCCCAUUUGCACUUGCCAGCAGCCCAUUUACAGUCAAAAUUGAAGAUGUUCCUGAGACAGCCCAAGAGGAGUUCAUUGAGCUUAUUAACAGCGAUGCAGCGAGAACUGAUUUCUCUACAAUGCCAGUUACAAAAUUCUGGAUCAAGUGUUUGCAGCCAUAUCCUGUUCUGUCUGAAACUGUGUUGCGCCUUCUUCUUCCAUUUCCAACAACAUAUCUUUGUGAAACAGGGUUUUCCAGCUGGUUGGUUAACAAGUGUAAGUACAGAAGUAGACUUGUGGAAGAUUAUCUUCGUUGUGCUCUUGCAAAGACUGCUCCAAGAAUUUCUGAUCUGGUGAGAAAGAAGCAAUCUCAACCUUCGCAUUGACGUUGGCUUCUUAUGCAUACUGUCGCAAACUGUAGCAAUGUAGUUUACUGUUGUUAUAUUAAGACCCAUGCUACACCAUGCUUCAAGACAAAAUUUCAUUUAGUUGUCAUUAGAAAUAAAUAUUUCACAAGAUAUAAUUACAUAC